UUUGAGGGUUCGCCCCGUCUUGCCUUUCGUCCCUCUCGCUCCAGCUCAUCAGCUCUAGACCGCCGUAGCGCUGUUCCGUCGCCCUGGGCGAGGGGGCAGGGGGGCGGCCCACGGUACCCCCCGACAUCCGGGCGCCGGCGGGCCUGCGCUGGCAAGAUGGCCGCCCUCGCCAGCUCCCUCAUUCGGCAGCGUCGGGAGGUCAAGGACCCCCAGACCGACCGCCAGGUCGCCAGCAAGCGAAAGCCGUGCCCGAAAAGCAACAAGUCGCUCUGCCAGAAGCAAAUCCUCAUUUUGAUAUCAAAGGUCCGAUUAUGCGGCGGUCGAGGCAGAAAAAUGGAGAAAAGACCAGAGCCGCAGUUGAAGGGCAUCGUCACGCGGCUCUACUGCCGACACGGUUUCUACCUUCAAAUGCUGCCGGACGGCACCGUGGAAGGCACAAAGGACGAAAGCAGCUCCUUCUCGCAGUUCAACUUGAUUCCUGUGGGCCUCCGCAUCGUGGCGAUCCAGAGCUGCAAGACCGGCCGCUACGUGGCCAUGAACAGCGAGGGCUACCUCUGCACUUCGGAACACUUCACACCAGAGUGCAAGUUCAAAGAGUGCGUGUUCGAGAACUACUACGUCACCUACUCGUCCAUCCUGUACAGACAGACGCAGUCGGGCCGGGCCUGGUACAUCGGCAUCAACCGGGACGGGCAGGUCAUGAAGGGAAACCGCGUCAAGAAGACGAAGGGCGCUGCACAUUUUCUACCCAAACUCAUUGAAGUGGCCAUGUACAGGGAGCCAUCCCUCCAUGACGUCGCCGAGCAGAGUCCGCCGAGGAAAACGCCCAAGACCUCCAGUGAGUCGCCUGUACACCAGAAUGGCAAGAAAGACCCUCUAAGCAAAACCAAAACCUCGUCAUCCUAGCGAUGUGAGACAAGAGGGCUGGAGGGGGAUCCCUGGAGGACACCUGAACAGGGUUGCCAGGUCCUGCAACACGGAUCCCCCUGAGACUCUUUGGUUACCUUCGGCGGGCACCGAAGAGAACGUCCUUCAACUCCCGACCUCUGUGUGACUACAAUUUGCGAAGCAAUAACGCCGACGAGAGGUGUGGCCUUCUUCUUUUUUUCCCAGUCGGUCCAGCAGCCGAGCAAAAAGUCUUCCUGGCGUUUACCGCAACGGCUGCGGUGGUGGAAUUCGAUGGGUUCCUCAGCCACCGUCUCGCUCCAUCGAUGUCUUCCGUGCAUGUCGGCAGCUUUUUAAGAAGCAUUAUGUGCGUGUGUGUGAGAGGUCUUCUUCCAUGUAUCACGACUGUGAUUUUGUGAUUUCAUUAGUUUCAGACUUGUACUCCGUUUUCCACUCUUUGUUCAUGUCGUUAAUCACAAUCUGUCAACCCUUAAAAACACACACACACAUACGUGCAAAAAAUGUGCAUUAAUUCGCUGACGAAUACGGUGGCGUGGGUGUGGAGCUGAUGAUGUAACUGAUGGUUACAUGACUGAUGAGCUUGGUUCAAUAUGUUGAGGACACAAUGCCAAACUGCAUGACAGACAAAAAGAUUGAGAUACAAGGAAAGAGCGUUUUUUGUGAAUUCAACCAAAAACAAUCCUGCAUAGAAUAUCCCAACCCUCAGAAAUGAACGUUAAAUGAAAACCCCCGAAAUCUUAGCUUGUCCCUCAGCCUCGUCUUCAAUACCAAUGCAAUAAUGCCAACCAUGAUGUUGUUCUUCACACAAGGAAAUAUUGUCUCACUUUUAAGCAAGGUACAAAUCAGUAAAUGUUCUAUUAAAUUGAAGCCAUUUAAUAUUGCCAUUAUUGCCACAUUAGUUUCCCAUCGGUAAUUGCUGAAACGCCACUUUCCCACCGGGCGGAAGCGCUUAAAACCUUAAUUAAAUCGCUAAAUAGACCUUCAGGUUGCCAUGUUUGACCAGUCAUCCCCCAUGGAUCACAAAGUCCAUUCAAUGUUUGACUAUUCUUCCCAAAGUAAUUACACAAAUGUUUAAUUAAACACCGCUGGUGCUAGAACAGAAUUACGGCUGCGGGCAGAUAUUGCUUGGGUGGAAGUGUCGAAGAUUUCAAUUUGAAACGGGGGGGAAUAAAUAAAAAAUUACUUCCGGGACUACGCUAUUCUCACGGCAUUUUUUUAAAGAAAAUGUUUGUUCUUUUCAGUUAAGAGGCAAGAAGCUGCAAAGAGUUGACAGCAGCGGUUGCGUUUUGAAAUGGAGCCGCACCACUUGAAUAAUAUAUCGCAGGAAGCAUUGAUUUGGGAGUUUGAAAGGCACAGGAUGAGGCGAACCCUUUGACGGAGGUCGCAUUGCGGACGCCGUAGCUAAGGCAUCACCUCUUGGUUUUGAUGCCCCAAAAAAGAAUACGGCGGUGCCUCGAGAUACGAGGGACCCGACUUGCGAGUUGCUCGGGUUCGGAGCCGUCUUGCGAGCGUGGACUCGCGUGGUACGAGCGUUUUAAGGUGGCAGUGUCAGCUAUAAUUAAUAUGAAAUAGUCUUUGAAAAAAGAGGCUUCAAGCUGUUUCUUGCCACUCUCAGUUGAGGUUCCGUGUCAAACUCAAGGCAAUUACACAUUUCAAAGAGCGACAUAUCUUAGCCUUCAGUCUGUUAGCUUAAGGCUAAUACUCAUCGGCAAUGAUGAGCAUUUGUGCGGCGGUGUUCUAACCCUUUCAGCAACGGCUAUUUGAACACGAACGGCACAGCAACACACAUGCUGUACAUACACAAUCGC